AGAAAUUACCUCAUGCUAUUCCCGACCGGCGCCCGGUAUUAAUUCCAGUGACCUCUACAGUAAUAUGGAUAUGCAACUAUUUCCGAUCAAGAAGAGCCUCUGCUGCAGGGUAAAAUACAAGGACAUGAGCUACUGACCUCCUCCUAGCUUCAGGACCAGAGAAACCACCUUACACUUUACCAUCAACUAAGUGCAGUUGAAAACCACCUCUCCACAAAGCCGAUCAAUUCACAUCAGCACACAUCUUUUUUAAAACCAAGUUUUAUGUACUUCCACUGAGAUAAUUUUUCUACCUGCCGCAUGGUUCUAUACUACUCACUGAGCACUGAUGGUAGCCUCCAGCAAGUGCAGCUUCAAAUGGUCAACUUCACCCUUUAGCAAGAAAACCUGGAUACUGGAUAACAACAACGCCUUCAGAGAAAAUGGUAUACGACAGAAAGCGAUUAGUUUCCUGUCAUUGUUUCUUCCUGUUAACAGCCAAGUUCUACUGGAUACUCACCAUGAUGCAAAGAACUCAUGGCCAAGAAUAUGCCCACUCCAUCCGACUGGAUGGGGACAUCAUUUUGGGAGGACUGUUUCCUGUCCAUGCAAAAGGGGAUAGAGGGGUGCCUUGUGGGGAGCUCAAGAAGGAGAAAGGGAUCCACAGGCUAGAGGCAAUGCUGUAUGCAAUCGAUCAGAUUAAUAAAGACCCUGAUCUUCUAACCAACAUCACUUUAGGUGUCCGGAUCCUCGAUACGUGUUCCAGGGACACUUAUGCUUUGGAGCAAUCUUUAACAUUUGUGCAAGCAUUGAUAGAAAAAGAUGGUUCAGAUGUGAAGUGUGCUAAUGGUGAUCCACCUAUUUUCACUAAGCCAGACAAGAUAUCAGGUGUGAUAGGUGCUGCAGCAAGUUCUGUGUCCAUUAUGGUGGCUAAUAUUUUAAGACUUUUUAAGAGCUCCACAGAGAAAACUGAGCGAGUAGCAGAGGGUGACAAAGAAGAAGAACAAGAACAAAGAAGUUUGGGCAUAACAGCCAGGCUCAGCCAGCAGGACAGUGAUUUCCAGUCAAGACCCUAUUUUCAGAUUUCCAGUGAUGCACCGAGACCAGCUAGAAAGCCAAGUCAGCAAGGCAAGGUCAGACGUGGUGAAGUACAAGAUCAGCAACAUGGCGUGGGCAGGGCCAGAGCUAACAUGCAGUUCUCUGAGUGA